UUUCAAAUUCCAACGGAUUUUUGAAUAACUGUCACAUUUUGUUUGAUUUGAUUCGGAAAGGUUUUAUUUCGGAAUUGCAAUUUGCAAAUGUGGCGAAUUUAUCAAAUAACUUUUGAUUUGACGCCUCAAUGAUCGUGAAAUUACUUUAAUUAUUUUGUACUUCAUGUUUAUUUUACAUAACGUUGUAACUGUGGUGUGAAAUUCAGAACGCGAUUAUUUUAAAUAAAAAACAUGGCCCAGUUUAACUAUCUCAAUGAAUUAAACACUUUAGCCACAAUAGACGGACCUUUAACUCGCGGCCCGCUCCAACGUUGGGUUAAAAAGUCAAAUAAUGAGAACAUUAACCCAUCCAGUAAUUCAUCUAAAAACAUGUCGAACAUAAAUGUAAGUGCUUGCAGUCAGUCGAUGCAAAAGUUGUCUGUUUCGGGAAACAUAAGCUGCAACAACAGUCUUCUAUCUAUUAACAAGACUCCUACAAGGAAUGAGAAUAAAAAAGGGAAAAAGACUCCAUCAAAGAACAAGUCUCCUGGGCGGUCAACAACUCCGACCCCUAAUAAACUGGCAAAAACACCAAAUAAAGCUGACAGAUUCAUUCCAUCCAGAAGCAACUCUAAUUUUGACUUAUGCCACUAUAUGUUGAACCGUGAGGAAGAAGAUGAAAUAGUAGCACAGACAGUGACUGGAGAAGCCCUGGGUCGAGCCCUCGCAGACACAGAGCCGGGGCGCCUUCUGCAGUACACCUGCAAGGCUCCGGCAGCUCCCGAGGGCUAUCAGAACAGACUGCGAGUGGUGUAUUCUCAGGCAAAGGUCCCAUCCACAGUGAAGAACACAACAAGAUACAUCCCACAAGCUCCAGACAGAAUAUUGGAUGCUCCUGAAAUUGUUGAUGACUAUUACCUUAACUUGAUAGACUGGAGCGCGUCCAACAUAUUAGCUGUGGCCCUGAACAACACUGUGUAUUUAUGGAAUGCGAGCACCGGCCAAAUAGAACAGCUUCUGACUCUGGAAGGUUCUGAGACAGUUUGCUCAGUGGCUUGGGUACAAGGGGCAAGUUCACAUUUAGCAGUUGGCACCUCGUCUGCAGUUGUGGAGUUAUGGGAUUGUGAAAAGAUCAAAAGAUUACGGAUAAUGGACGGACACACGGGGCGCGUGUCGUCGCUGUCGUGGAACCUGUACGUGGUGUCGAGUGGCGCACGCGACGGCAACAUCGUGCACCACGACGUGCGGGAGCGACAACACGCCGUGGCCACCGUCAACGCGCACACGCACGAGGUGUGCAGUCUGAAGUGGUCGCCGGACGGCAAGUACAUCGCGUCGGGCGGCAACGACAACUUGCUCAACAUCUGGCCGGCGGCGCAGGGCCAGCACUACUCGCAGCCGCAGUACAUACACCAGUUCAGUCAACACCUGGCGGCAGUGAAAGGGUUGGCCUGGUGUCCGUGGAGCGCCGGCAUCCUAGCGUCGGGCGGCGGCACCGCGGACCGCACCAUCCGGAUAUGGAACGUGAACACGGGCGCCAACCUCAACACUGUCGACACCAAGUCGCAGGUGUGCUCGAUCGUGUGGAGCACGCACUACAAGGAGCUAGUGUCGGCGCACGGCUACGCGCAGAACCAGCUGGUGCUGUGGAAGUACCCCAUGCUGUCGCGCGUGGCCGAGCUGUGUGGCCACGAGGCGCGCGUGCUGCACCUGGCGCUGUCGCCCGACGGCACCACCGUGCUGUCCGCCUCCGCCGAUGAGACGCUGCGCUUGUGGAAAUGCUUCAUGUUGGAUCCGUCCAAGAAGAAGGAGCCAACGGAUUCGAAGGCGGCAAAGUCUUUGCUGAAUAUGAACUCGAUUAUUAGAUAGAUAAUAAUAACUGACUGCAGUACCUCAUAGACUGAAAAUUGUGAUUUUUUUAUUCAUAUAAUUGUAUGUACCUUCGUGACGACUCAAAAUCUGAUUAAAUGAAAUUAUGUAAAGUCGUAUUUAUGUUAUUGGACAUGACCUGUGUACUUACACAUAAAUAUAAAAUUUGUAAUAAUUUACACUAUACCAUUUUGGAAUGAAGAAGUUGUCUUAAACAAUGUCUUUGAUAGAAAACCCGAAAUUCGACAGAAAGCUUAUGGCGAACCUAAGUAAGAACAUAAUAAUAUAGAAAAUCAAUUGUAAUUAUGAAGCAUUAGGAGACGCCCCGCGGUUUUACCUGCGUUGUUCCCAUUCUUGUGGGAAUAUGAGGAUAAAGUAUUAUAGUCUAUGUAACUCGCUGAUAAUGUAGCUUUUCAUUUAUGAAAGGUCUGUCCUGUGGUUUAUUCGUAAAAAACAAAAAAUCAAAUCUUAUCUUUAGUUAAAUACAUAAUUAUAGCUUGGCAACUUCGUUCGUAAAACUUCCGAUGAACCGCGCGGGGCGGGAGGCGUGAAUGAAAAUCCCACGACUGAUGCACCUCCCUUCCCCGCACGCACGAUUUCACACCCGCGCAGUCUCCCUCCGUCGCCCGCAUAUCAUGGGAGUGUCAUCACGUGCCAGACUAUAUACAGAUUGUAGAUCAAUACCCACAGUAAGAAAUAUGCAGGUUAUAUAACUGAGUGUUCAAUACUUUAGCAUCUCACUAACUCGUAAAAUAUUCUUUGCUUAUUGAACACACUAUCACUAUUUCACUAUUUAUCUGGAUCCACAUAAUAGGCUUUUCAUCCCGGAAAAAUCCAUGAUUCCCGCGGGAUUUGUGUAAAAAUAAAUUCCACGCGGACGAAGUCGCGGGCGUCCGCUAGUUUGAAUAUAAGUAGACUUACCUACUAAAACACCUACAGUGUAGGUGUACAGCUGGAUAGUAUUUCACUUAGUUUACGUCAAACCCUCACAAAAUUGUAAGUGUGAAUAGUGCGUUUGCAUUAUAUGUUUGCAAACACUUGUAAGUGUCAAUUUCUUCUCUAUUUUCCAGUGAAAAUCCAAUUAAAAUUGAUUCAGUCUUUCCAGAGAGAAAAAGUUUGUUACACAAACGAACUUUUUUCAAGCCGGGACUCUGGUAGAUUACGAACGAAAAAUAAUUUAAAAACGCCGUGUUGAUGUUUCCUAUGACCAAAUGUAUUUUUUUAGUUUAUUUUUUUCUUGAAUACUCUUACUUGACUUGAAAAAAAUUAAGAAGUUGAGGUUAUAAAAUGUAACGCGUUUUUUUAAUCCACUUCCAAAAAGGAGGAGUUUCUAUUUCCGGUUGUAUAUUUUUCCAAUUAGUUACUUAAAUCUUGCUUAUUUUAUUUAUCUCUUGAGUUUUCCUACCUGAAUACUUGUAUCUUUUACGUAAUAUAAAUAAAACAUUUAAUUACCUCGGCUUCCUUAUUUUAAGUUUUUUUGUAUAAUUUAUGUCCCUAGUAUAAUUUUUGCUUUGUUUAAGAAUUAAUGAAUUGUGAUUUAUAAUUAUUUUAAUUAAAAUUGAUAAUGUUAUACUUUUUUAUUUUCAAUAAAGGUUUCGUGACAAACA